AUGGUCGGUCCCAAGUCCUUCUCUGUCGAGCUCAAGGAGAGUCUCCUUGAGUACCUGUUGGAGCAGGCGGAAGACUGGGAUGGCGACUCCCCCGACAUCCGCAUCUUCUGGCACACCAUAGAGCGGGACUUUGAAGGCGCCAAGGGCACGACCUGGCAUGGGAAAGACUUUGAGCAGAAGAUGGAGCGGGAGGAGGAGGCGUGGCUGGAGGAGUGUGAGGAUCCGGAUAAGAAGCGGAGGCGCGGGCAUGAAAAGGACAGCAACUACGACAAGUUGAUGGCCAAGUGGUGCGCGAUAUGGAACAAGAUGUUGCAGAAGCACUGGCAAUACAUGGUCGAUACCGGCGAGGAGCAGUUUGAGCUGGUCCCAAAGGAGUUCCAGCCACUAAUCAAGGUGCCGAAGCCGCACUACGAGUACGACGGUGCCAAAUUGCAGCGAGUUGUGCAGGCUGCCAUGGAGCGUGCCCGUGAGUCUGGCAAGUACGACUUGUCUGCUGCCGUAGAGCAGGUCUACUUCGACGCCCUGAACGACACCAAGCUACGGAUGCUACUCGAGGCCAUACUCACUCAAAAGGCCGAUCGCCAGCAAAAUGAAGAGUUCCAGGCAUAUGUGAAGCUUGCUAAGGCCAAGAUCAGAGAGCAGAAUGUUCAGAAGCAGAAACAGGAUGACUUCAAAGCCGCCGCGGCGAACGCUGCGAAGGCCCAUCCUGUCUCUGCAACAGCAAUCCCAAAUCCUGUUGUACACAUGCCGAUUCCGAACCCGUACACAAAUCCUCCGCCCGCUACUACUACAGUUGUACAUCAUGCUCCGCUUCCAGCUCAAGCUCCGGUCCAGAUUCCGACUCCAGCCAUAGCCAAAGGGUUGAGCAUCGUGGAAGCUGCGCCUCCGCCUCCGCCGCCGCCUGCGCCCGCACCCGCCGCCAGCGUGGCGGCUGGUGCAUCUACACCUGUGGUCACGCCACAGCAGCCAGCGUCCGCGAAAAAGGCCACCAAGACACCUCAGAAGACCACUCCCAAGGCGAAGCCCGCUAGUAAGAUAAAGCUCCCGGGCCAGCCGAAGAUUGUUCCCAACGCCAAGGCGAAACCGCAGGCUGAAGCACCACUUCAGCCGGGAGUUGGUUCCAACACAUCAGUGCAAAUCAGCUCAUCGACCAUCACGCAACCCAUCUCUUCCGCCACUACGCAACCCAGUUUGUCGACCAUAAUACAGCCAGAAUCCACGCAAGAUUUCGGCCCACGAGUCACCGCCAUACUGGGCGACCUCCAAUUUGCAACAACCGCACAACAGAUAUUGAGAGCCGCGCCCGACAUUGGUGACUCUCGCCUUCACGCUUUGAAGUCGACGUUGAUCAAUCAUCCAGAGACCAAAACUGACUUCAACGCUCUUGCCGCCCGGUUGGAGAAGGAGAGUUCGGUCGCUGCGGACUCGCAAGCAGUUGCUGRUGCUUCUCGUCCUGCCCGGGUCAAUGCUGGAAAACGUCGACGAACCUCAGCGAGUGCGUCCUCAAUGGCCGAGGCCGAACAGGACGAUCUACUCGAAGCGCAACGUGCCGCUAAGCGUCGUCGCGGUGAGUUGGGCGAGGACGAUGGCGGAGAUUAUCAUCCUCUUAAAGCGGUUCGUGAAAAGUCACGCAAGAAGAAGAAAUCGGGUGUUCGUCCAAGCAAUUCCCAGUCAGGUGAUGCGUCCAACAGUCGAGACACCUCCCCGUUGUCCGACCUUUCCGAGAUGGACAUCGAGUCUACCAAGUCUGCAUAUGUUGAUGAGCUAGUUCGACGGCGAACCGUCGAGCAGGCGCGCAACGAUAUUGUAGAGCAGUACGGACCUGUAUCACCUACUGAUGCAGGUGACAACGACGAAGACUGGGCCAGUAUGGCCAGUCCAACCCUGGGGCCUACACAGCUCGAUGGAGAUGGAGGACAAUUCCAACUCACUGAGCGUGUUCCAUCGCCUCCUCCAGAGCCCGCUCCAGCCGAGAACGACGCCUUGCGUCUCAUCUCAGGAGCAGCGGCUCAGGCUGUCGCCCGAGACCCUGGAAUUGGCCGAUUGGAAGCCAAACUCGAUAGUCUCAUCACCGCAUCUUCAGGAUCGAACGGCCAAACCGCAAAUGACUUGAAUCGCACCAACACUGAGACACUAAAACAGAUAGCGAAUGUUUUGACCACGGCGGAUCUGGCUGCUACUCGGCCGGAGUUUGUGAAGCUGGUUCUGCAACUUACAACGAACGCUGCGGAGGCAGCCAUCCAUUCUGCGGAAGCCGCGAAGAAAGCUGGAGAGAUGGCCAGGGAUGUGGGUCUAAUUCUGGGACAGCUGGGCAUUCAGGGUGCUGGAGGGCAGCCUGCCACUCCUUUGUCGGAGAACUAG